UUUUGAGGAGAAAUGUCGGAGAAAAGAGUUGAAGUGGACGGAGAAAUGAUCUGUUGUUCCAUCUGUCUGGAUCUACUGAAGGAUCCGGGGACGAUUCCCUGUGGACACAACUACUGCAUGGACUGUAUUAAAACCCACUGGGAUGGAGAGGAUGGGAGGGGAACCCACAGCUGUCCUCUGUGCAGGAAGACCUUCACGCCCAGACCCGUCCUGGUGAGAAACAGCAUGUUAGCAGAGUUAGUGGAGGAGAUGAAGAAGACUGGACUCCAAGCUGAUCUCUGCUAUGCUGGACCUGAAGAUGUGACCUGUGAUGUCUGCACUGGGAGGAAGGUGAAAGCUGUCCAGUCCUGUUUGGUCUGUCUGGCCUCUUACUGUGAGAAACAUCUCCAACCUCACUAUGAUGCUCCUGCUUUUCAAAAACACCAGCUGGUGGAUCCCUCCAAGAAGCUCCAGGAGAACAUCUGCUCUCUCCACCAUGAGGUGAUGAAGAUCUUCUGUCGUACCGAUCAGCAGAGUAUCUGUUAUCUGUGUGCAAUGGAUGAACAUAAAGGUCAUGAAACAGUUGCAGCUGCAGCAGAAAGAUGUGAGAAGCAGAAGGAGCUGGAGGUGAGUCGACAACAAAUCCAGCAGAGAAUCCAGGACCGAGAGAAAGACGUGGAGCUGCUUCAGCAGGAGGUGAUUUUGAUUUGAUUUAUUUAUUCAGCACUGUAUAAAAA